UACGUACUUCUAUAUAUGUCUUGUCGAAUUCCUCAUAUUUCUUCAUCACAUCAAACUUCCCGAAUGGAUUACUUUAACUCCCAGCAGGCCAGGAAAAGCCUACUCAAGUGCCACAACAAGCGGCUCACUCAGGAUCAAGUCCGGCUCCUGGAGAUCAGCUUCAAGGCUAACAGCAAGCUGGACCCGGACCGGAAGUCGCAGCUGGCUCAGGAGCUGGGGCUGCCGCCGCGCCAGGUGGCGAUAUGGUACCAGAACAAGCGGGCGCGCUGGAAGAGCCAGAGCCUGGAGGUGGACCACAAGGCCAUGCAGCAGCGGCUCAGCGGCGUGGUGGCGGACAACGAGCGGCUCGGGAAGGAGGUUCAGCGGCUCAGGGAGGAGCUGAGCCGGACGCAGGAAAUGCUCUUCUCGCUCAACGCCGCGGCUUACUCGUCUCUCUCCAGCUCCGGCGAUGAAGUCGGGAGCUGCUCCGAUUUGCUGCAUGAUUCCAAGGAGCUUUAUGCUUGUCUGAUUGAUGAUCAUGAAGGGCAGAUUGGGAAAUCCGCUGAUGCCCACAACUUCUUUCGUCUAGCGUAGCUGGCCGUACGGAUAGCUUGGUUCUGUUCGGUCCACACGGGUAGCUCAGUUAGUUCUGUUCGGUCCGUAUGGACAGCUCAGUUGAUUCUGUUCGGUUCAUGGUAGCUUAGAAGCUUGUACCAUACAUGCAGUGUGAUGGGCUAAUUGCUUUUAUUUUAUUUUAAUUUACCAUCAAAUUAAAGUGUCACUUUUCUUAUCUUUUUACGUCUUGACGUUAUGGGAUAAGAUUGAAUAUAAUGGAACAGUCUUUCAAAAGAUUAUUAUAUGUCCA